UUCUUCUGUUGUUUUUUUGCGCUUCUGAAUCACUCAGCUGAGGUUGAACCUUGCUGUAAAAAGUGCUUAGACUUAUGUGCCCGAGGUUUGCUGAACAGUCGCAUCACCGCUGUCUUCCCGUUUCUGACUUUCACAGAUUUACGCAUGCUGAAUUUUGACUCCCGCCGGUCCAGUCUUGUGGGCAUCUGUGAGGUGAUAAUGGAGAGAAACCGGCAUGACAGUGAGAAGUCUUGCUCCUCGACUUUGGAAUACAAUGACCUGGAAGCUGCAGAGGCUUUGGUAUGCAUGAGCUCUUGGGUCCAGAGGACGCACAAGCCUCGCCCACUGACGCCCACCUCAGACUCCUGUGAUUCUCUACCCUUGCAGACUGAAAGUAUUGAGUCCCCCAAAGACAUGGCCUCCCUCUCCACACUGUGCAUGACCCCUCCACAUAGCCCGAGCUUCGCAGAAACUUCAGGCACAGCCGUUCUCAGUUCCUCAGUGGCAGGUUCGGGUCUCAAACCUGUCCUGUCACAGUCCAGGCUAUGCUCACCCUUGAUCAACAGGGCAACAUGUCAUGUCAGCAUGCAUCCCACUACCACAGUUUGGGUCAACGCAUGUCCACCGCAGACCACAGAACAGCCCACACUCCGCAGAGCGACCAGUGUUAUACGACACACCGCUGACAGCUCCGUUGACCACGACAUUCCAGCACUGACUACGGGGCAGGAAAAGUCAUGUUAUUCAGAAAUCCCUUUACAGCACACAGAUCAGCAAAACUGCAAUAGCCCACAUAACCCUCCAGAAACUGAAAGAACUGCCCCGUCCCCUGACUCCACAGUCCCUGUUAUCCCCACCUCUCAGGCUAUUCCGCAGUCCCCCAUCACCAGCCCCCCUAUGCUCUGUCAGGUGUUUCCUGUUAAUGGGCAAACUGGAAUCAUCUCCGCAUUUGUUCAGACCCCAGUACAGAUGCAGGGCUCUGGGACAAAGCCUAUUCUUCCACAAUCUGGCCCUCUUUCUCAGUCCCUUUUGGUGGGCUCACCUGUAGCUCAGGGGACUGUGAUGUUUGUAGUCCCCCAGUCCCAGGUAUCUCAGGCUUCCACCUGUCAGCAGGGUGUUGUUACCCUUGGGAACACAAAGCUUCUGCCCCUGGCUCCUGCUCCAGUGUACAUGCCCACGGGUCAAAGUAAUGGGGUGACGCAGUCUGACUUCUCUCGCAGGCGAAACUAUGUCUGCACCUUCCAAGGAUGUAAGAAGACUUACUUUAAAAGCUCCCACCUGAAGGCCCAUCUAAGAACCCACACAGGUGAGAAACCAUUUAGUUGUCACUGGGAAGGUUGUGACAAAAAGUUUGCACGCUCUGAUGAACUUUCCAGGCACCGUCGGACACACACGGGUGAAAAGAAGUUUGUCUGUCCCGUGUGCGACCGUCGCUUCAUGCGAAGCGACCACCUGACCAAGCACGCCCGGCGUCACAUGACAACCAAGAGAUCCGGAGCAUGGCCUAACGAAGUUCGCGAUCUCAGCAAAAUGGCCACUUCCCAAGCCCCAUCUUCCCUUCCCCUUAGCGUUCUUCUUCCUUCAUCAAACUAGGUUGAGACCACUCACCUCAGUCACCUCAGGACAAUAUCCCACUGUCCAUUUCACAGGGGAAAUACACGAAAAACCAAGGCUGCUACACAUCCAUGUACAUAAAACAAAGUGACAUUGCACUGGAUUUUUUAUUUGAAUCAUGGUUGUUUAUAAAGAUUUCUUGUUUACUUUUAUAUUAUAAGUUAUGGCUCCCAAUAUGUAUUUACUCCCUUUGCCAAAGUCUUUGCAUCAGUUCAUCUGUUACUUAUUCUGUACUCUUGUAUAUUUGUACAUAAAUAUCGCUAUCUAUAUGAAUGUAAUGUGUAUUCAAACAUGCAUUUAUUGUUGAUAUAUGAAUAAAUGUUAUUGAUGUUACUUCUGUUAAUUGAACAGUAUUCCUGUAUAAGAAACUACCUGCAAUAUUCCAUAUUAUUUAAUAAUAAACAUUUGUAGUAAGACUGUAUAA